AUAUCCCGAGACCACAUCAUUCGCAUCGUCGUCUGCCAAGUCGCACACUACACGGUCUGCAACGAAUACAGAAAUCGCGGAUCGUUAGGUUGUGGUUGCCGUCGUCAAUACUUAGCCACAGCUGCUGCUGCUGCUACUUUCGUCGUCAAACUUAUCCACCAGUCAUCACAGCAUAGUAAAAGUCGUCCGACUUCAAAUCCAACAAACUCGUCCGCAACAUGAACCGAGCACUAAUAUUGCUUCUAUCAAUUGCUUUUGUUGUUGCUGAAUCACCAUAUGGUGGUGGGAGUGGCAAUAGCAAUGGAAAUGGUAGAAAUGGAGGAUACGGAGGCAAAGGACAAUAUGGUGGAGGAAAUGGCGGUGGAGUAGGAUCAUCAUCAGCCAGUCCGUUUUUCAGUGGUGCUAAUCAAUAUGGAUCUCAAUCUGGUUUAUCGGGAGCAGCCAAUAAUCGGUAUCCUUCAUUUGGAUCUAAAUUUGGAAGUAACAAAGGAAGCUAUGGAGGAUCUAAUUCACGGAACAAUGGUCGAUAUGGUAGUGGAUCGACAAAUGGUUAUGGAAGUGGUUCAUCAGGUAGUCUAGGUGGCACUGGAAGAUCAACUGGAGGUUAUGGAGGUGGAUCUUCAGGAAGUUAUGGGAAUGGAUCACCUAGUAGUUAUGGAAGUGGUUCUUCAGGUAGUUUAGGCAGUUCUGCAGGAUCGCUUUAUGGAUCCGGCUCUUCGGGAGGAUUCGGCAGUGGAUCAUCUGGAAGCUACGGAGGAGGAGCUUCAGGAGGCUUCGGCAGUGGAUCAGGAAGCUACGGAGGAGGAUCUUCGGGUGGCUUCGGCAGUGGAUCAGGAAGCUACGGAGGAGGAUCUUCAGGAGGCUUCGGCAGUGGAUCAGGAAGCUACGGAGGAGGAUCUUCGGGUGGCUUCGGCAGUGGAUCAGGAAGCUACGGAGGAGGAUCUUCAGGUGGCAUCGGCAGUGGAUCAUCAGGAAGCUACGGAGGAGGGUCUUCGGGAGGCUUCGGCAGUGGAUCAUCUGGAAAUUAUGGAAGUGGUGGUGGAGGACUUGGUGGAGGAUCCUUGGGCAGUAAUGAUGGUUAUGGAGCCGGAGGUUCUGGAUCAUAUGACCAACUUGGAGGAGCCAAUGGUAAUGGACUUGGUGGAUCAGGAAACGAUCCUCUUUCGGAACCAGCCAACUAUGAAUUUUCUUAUGAAGUUAAUGCGCCGGAAUCUGGUGCUAUUUUUGGUCAUAAAGAAAGUCGUCAAGGUGAUGAAGCUACUGGAGUGUAUCAUGUACUAUUACCUGAUGGUCGAACACAAAUUGUUGAAUACGAAGCUGAUGAAGAUGGAUACAAACCUAAAAUUACAUACACUGACCCAGUAGGAGGAUAUGCCGGUGAUCGUCAAUCUGGAAAUGGAGGCUUUGGUGGUUCAGGAAAUUUUGGAGGAAAUAGUGGUAAUUCGGGAGGUUUAUACAAUAAUGUUAAUGGCGGGGGAUCUAAUGGUGCUUCAUAUGGUGGAUCAAGUGGUAAUAGAUAUGGUGGAUCUGGAAGUAGUUUAGGAGGUGGAUAUGGUGGAUCCGGUGGUUCAAGUGGUGGUCUAGGAGGUGGCCUAGGAGGAGGUUAUGGAGGAUCAGGAAGUUCAAGCGGUGGACUUGGAGGUGGGUAUGGUGGAUCUGGUGGUUCAAGCGGUGGCCUUGGAAGUGGCCUAGGAGGUGGUUAUGGAGGAUCGGGAAGCUCAAGCGGUGGUCUAGGUGGUGGAUAUGGAGGAUCAGGAAGCUCAAGCGGUGGUCUAGGAGGGGGAUAUGGUGGAUCCAGUAGUUCAAGCGGUGGCCUAGGAGGUGGAUAUGGAGGAUCUGGUGGUUCUAGCGGUGGCCUAGGAGGUGGAUAUGGAGGAUCGGGAAGCUCAAGCGGUGGUCUAGGUGGUGGAUAUGGAGGAUCAGGAAGCUCUAGCGGUGGUCUAGGAGGGGGAUAUGGUGGAUCUGGUGGUUCUAGCGGUGGCCUAGGAGGUGGAUAUGGAGGAUCGGGAAGCUCAAGCGGUGGUCUAGGGGGUGGAUAUGGUGGAUCCGGUGGUUCAAGUGGUGGCCUAGGUGGUGGAUAUGGAGGAUCAGGAAGCUCAAGUGGUGGUCUAGGAGGUGGAUAUGGUGGAUCCGGUGGUUCAAGUGGUGGCCUAGGAGGUGGAUAUGGAGGAUUAGGAAGUUCAAGUGGUGGUCUAGGAAGUGGAUAUGGUGGAUCCGGUGGAUCAAGUGGUAGUACUGGAGGAGGAUAUGGUGGAUCAGGGGGUAUUAGUGGAAGUGGUUUAGGAGGUGGAUAUGGUGGAUCCGGUGGUUCAAGUGGUGGCCUAGGAGGUGGAUAUGGAGGAUUAGGAAGUUCAAGCGGUAGUCUAGGAGGUGGAUAUGGUGGAUCUGGUGGUUCAAGUGGUGGCCUAGGUGGUGGAUAUGGAGGAUCAGGAAGCUCAAGCGGUGGUCUAGGAGGUGGAUAUGGUGGAUCCAGUGGUUCAAAUGGCGGUCUAGGAGGAGGUUAUGGAGGAUCUGGUGGUUCAAGUAGUGGCUUAGGUGGAUCUUAUGGUAGUAAUCGUAAUGGUUUAGGAAGUGGGUCAUCUUAUUAAUACUAUAUUAUUUAUUGCUCAAAUUUAUAAUCAACUUGUUAUAAAAUCUAAACUAAACGUAAGAUUUUAUACUUGUGUGUUUUGCACAGUUUAUUUUUUAGUUGCUUUACACAUAUUUCUGUUUACUAUUAUGUUACACAUAAUUGUAUGUAUAAAUCACAUUUAUUUUUUUUAUUGGUGAAAUGUAUAAUUUUCUAUUACUUUUAGAACUAUGGCAAUGAUGUUUAUUAAUUUUAUAAUCACAUAUUUAACAU